AUGACGUUUUCUGAUGGAUGGGGAAAAAGAUCAAGUAAAAAUCAUGAAGAUAUAGAAAUAAAAAAAGAAAAUAAUAAUGUUAAUAAUGAACUUGAAACAUACAUUAGUGGAAAAUGCAUGCUCCAGUAUACUAAUGAUAUAAAUAAAAUACUUACUUUAAUGAGUAAUUCUUAUUCUAGAUAUGAAUUAUGUAGAAACCAAUUAAAUUAUGUAACAAUUUUUGGUUAUAUUUUUUUAGUAUUUUUAAAAGCAGAUAAUCUUCAAAUUCUUACCUGA